AUGGCGGUUGCAGAAGCCAUAGCAAUCGAGGCUGCAAAAGCCAUGAUACAAUUAGUGGCGACUCGACCAUUAGAGGAGCUACGCCUCGCUUGGGGUUUCAAGGAUCACCUACGAAAACUCAACUCAAAAUUAAAUUACAUUUUAGCAUUUUUGAAUGACAUGGGAAGCGCCAAGAAAGAAAUGGAAGUCCAACUUGUAAAUUGUUGGCUACAAAAUAUCAAAGAUGUCGUCUAUUUUGCGCAAGAUAUUAUGGAUGAGUACGCCUAUGAAAUCCUCCGUAGGAAACUCGAGAUAAAUAGUAACGCAUCGAGGAAACGUUUACGUCUCCACAAUGUGAUGUUUAAGCGAUCGAAUCGAAUCAAGUUCCGUUUUCGGAUGACUCGUAAGGUGACCGAGAUCCUUGCCAAGUUUGAUGAGCUUGAAAAUGAUGCUAAAAAUUAUGGGCUUAAAGCGGUGAAGUUGGCAACGGAUGCACGUACAUCAACUUAUAAUGAUGAUAAUAUGAAUGAAUAUUAUUGUAUGUUGAAGCAAGCUCGUCGAAAUGCGGGUGUAGAAGAUGGAUCUGAGUUUGUUGGAAGGAAGAUUGAUGAGGAGAAGUUACUGCAAAUGAUUUGUUCAUCAUCACCUGGAAAUAACAGUAAUUCUGGCUUGUGUGUUAAGGCCAUAGUUGGAAUUGGGGGUCUUGGCAAGACUACUUUAGCAAGGCGCUUAUACAACAAUGACCAAAUAAUUGGGCAUUUUGCAAAGCGAAUUUGGAUAUCAAUGUCAGAAGAUUUUGAUGCUAAAAGAGUUUUGAAGGAGAUGGUUGAAUGUCCUACAAAAAAAGCAUACUUAACUAGAACACAUGCAAUUAUAAAUCAGCUUCAAGAAGAGAUUAAAUCGAGUAAAUUCUUGCUCGUCUUAGAUGAUGUAUGGAACAAAAAUGAUGAUAUGUGGAGCUCACUACACCGGUUGCUGCAGAGAAUUGGGAAUUCUGCUCAAAGUGUGAUUUUAAUUACUACUCGUAGCAACGAAGUUGCUAUGGAAGCCGAAGCACAUACUCACUUGUUGACAGGUUUAUCAGAUGAGGAAAGUUGGGCUCUUUUCACGCAGCAAUUUAGAGCUAGUGAGGCAUUGCUUAAUGUUCCGUGUUUUGAAGAAGUUGGGAGGACGAUUGUUGAGAAGUGUAAGGGUGUUCCAUUAGCCAUAAAAAUGAUUGGAAGAUCACUCGAGUCAAAGAAGUAUCUGUAUGAGUGGGAGAAAAUAGAGAAAAGUGAGCUAUGGCAUGUAGAAUAUGCUAAAAAUCAUAUCCUACCUUCGAUAUUGUUGAGCUAUCAUCAUUUACCUUGUUUGUCAUUGAAGCAAUGUUUUGCUUAUUGUGCAAUUUUUCGUAAAGAUUGCCCUAUGGAACGAGGUGAUUUGAUUGCUCUUUGGAUGGCGCAAGGCUUCCUUCACAAACACGAAACAAGCUUAACAAUGGAGGAGAUUGGUGAGGAGUUUUUAGAAAUACUGUCAAAGAAUUUGUUCUUGGAAGGAAAAGAAAGUGAGAAAACAGGACGGAUUUUGUCUUAUAAGAUGCACGAUUUGGUGCAUGAUCUAGCAGUGUAUGUAUCGCGUAAGGACUUGUUGGUAUGGAACAAAGAAGCAAAGCCGAAUAGUGACAUUGAGUGUAGACAUUUAGUAGGCAAGUUUAGUGUACAACAUGCGUUUCAAGAAAUCAUUCCUGCAGAGAUUUCUACAAAGAGACUACGAACGAUUAAUCUUUGGGCUGGUUUGCCAGGUAAUUUGUUAACAGUUAGAUAUCUACGAACUCUAAUGAUUGAUGGGAUUGGCCUUCGGGUGGUACCAGCUUCCAUUCGGAAGUUGAAGCUUCUCAAGUAUUUGGACUUAUCAAACAAUCCGUUCAAAAUGUUACCAGAGUCAAUCACUAAGCUCUACCAGUUACAAACUCUGAAACUUACCGGCUGCAAAGAACUAACAGAGCUACCAAAUGAACUGCAUAAGUUGGUAAACUUAAGACACAUUAUGACAACAGAUCAUAGUGUGUUUGCAUCUAAAGGAUUACAACAAUUGACAUGCCUGCAGACCUUACCUGAUCUUGCAUUGCGCGAUGGAGAAGGAUGGACUGUUGAUGAAUUAGCCUCUUUACAUGAAGCUAGAGACGGUCUCUCUAUCUCAGGUCUUGAAUAUGUGAAGAGUGAAGCUGAAGCAAGAAAAGUUGAGCUUGGAAAAAAGGUGAAGCUUUUACGAUUGCAUCUAGUUUGGUCUGGUAAUAGAGUAGACAACAACACUGAUACUGAUGAGGAAGUUCUGACAGGCCUUGAACCUCACCCAGGUAUAAUAGCACUGGCUAUAGUUGGCUACAAUGCCGAAAAAUUUCCUAUAUGGAUGAUGAAGAUGGCUGUUAAAUUUGGGGCACCAAGAAGUAAGAUAGUACCUCUUAGCAAUCUCAAAGCAAUAAAACUCGUGGAUUGCAGAAGAUGUCGAUUUCUUCCCACACUCGGUCAGUUGCCAUUUCUUAAGUAUUUAUAUCUAGAUAAAUUAGCUGUGGAAUGCAUAGAUGAUCACUUCUAUGUAAGUGAUCAGGAUCUUCACAGGCAAAUUGAAAAACUAUUUCCAGCUUUACGAGAGCUUCAGAUCUGGAACUUUGACAGUCUGACAGAAUGGAUGCAGCCAUCUCCAACACUAGGGGCAAUAACCUUUCCUUUCUUGGAAAUUUUAGAGGUUAUGAAUUGCCCUCUUCUGGAGAUAAUACCGGCCCUGAAAUUUGAGUCCCUGAAACGGUUAAGAAUUCAAGAAUUUCCCGGUACUCAAUCCUUGGACAUUGUCAAAUACAGCAGCAGUCUCACAUCAUUAGAAGUUUGUGAGAUACUAAAAUUGAAGAGCUUGCCUCAGGAGGUAUCAAACCAUACAAACCUACAGAAAUUGAGUAUAUGGGGUUGUCAAGAACUCGAGUCUUUACCUGAUAGACUGCCAGCAUCUCUAAAGACCUUGGACAUAAGAGAAUGUCCUGCCUUAGCUUCACUUCCUGAUGAUCUUUUUCGGGACCUAUUGUGUUUGUGUAAGCUGAAUAUCUACAGAUGCAGCGGAUUAAAAAAUAUUUCAACUAGUUUGCAAGAAUGUGCAUCUUUAAAGGAACUAAACAUAAAGCAAUGUCCAUCAAUAGAAGGUCCACAAACAGAUUUAAGCAAGUUGCUUGGUCUCGAAGAGCUGUGGGUUAACGAAGCAGGAGAAUUAACAACUUCCAUACUGCAAGCACUGCAACAUCUUCCAUCUCUAAUGGAGUUGAGCAUUGGUGGUUUUAAAGACGAAAAUGUGGUCAAAACUUACUUCGCAAACAAUGCCCCUUGCCUCACUAGCCAAUCCAUCAGCCUUACACGACUAAUUUUGGAUGGUUAUCCAAAUAUCAAAUUGGUACCUGAACAAAUCCAACUCUUUAGCAACCUUAAAGUCAUGUCUAUAUGGAAUUUCGAUAGAUUGGAACAACUUCCAGACUGGAUAAGCAAUCUGUCCUCGCUUGAGGAGUUGUCGCUUUACAAAUGCAAGAAUCUGAAAUUUCUUCCUUCGAAACAAGCCAUGCUGUCUCUGACUGAGUUUUGGCAUCUAGAUGUUGCUGACUGCCCACUGCUAACUGAAAGAUAUGCCAAAGAUGGCCCUAAAUGGCAUAACAUCUCACAUAUUUCUUAUAUUGUUUUUAAUGAUAACAUUUUUCAAAGUAAUGAAUGA